AUGGCGGCCGAUCCGGGACUGGCCACGGAGACUUUGUCUCCAGGAAGGGGGAAAGAGCCGCGCGGCACUGGGCCCGGAGACGUGUGGGCAUUGACUCUCGACAACGGCACGGCGGCUCUGAUUCUCAGUCUGACGCUCUUCGCCCUCAGCACAGUGGUCGUGCUGGCUGUUUUCCGUCGGAAACACGCGAGGAGCAUCUGCGGAUUCUCUCGUCAGUCCACGGAGAAACCGCCCCAAGCGACAGUCGGCGAGGACACUGGCGUGCCGCCCUGGGACGCUGCCUCCGCGCUCCCCUCGACGUCUACACCUUCUCUGGAGUCGCCGAGCCCGGCGUGUCCGGGCGAAAAAGCGUCUUCGGCUUCGUCGUGCGCCGCUUCUGACUCCGCGGCUGUCGAACCGGACCCCGCGCAGGCGAGCGGCGGCAUGAGGCGCUCUGCAUCCUUUAUAAGCGGCAGUCAAAACCGAUCGGCCGCGGCACUCGCGGCCUCCUUCUUCUCCUCCGGCGUCGGGACGUGGAUCCUCUACUGCCCGGCACAACUCUCGUCGCUGUACGGCAUGUGGCCGGUGCUUCUCUACGCCGUCGCCAUCGCAGUGCCGAUGUGGAUCUUCAUGCUGGCGGGGCCGAUGGUUCGCGAGGAAAUGAAGAAACACGUCGCCUUUGGACUGACCGACUACGUUCACGUGCGUUUUGGCCGCAGCAUGCAGAUCGUGACGGCGGUCGUCAGUUUCUUCUCGAUCAUGGUGGCGAUGGCUGGUGAGCUGGCCUUUGUGGCUGCAGCGGCACAGACGCUCGCUCCCGCGUUUCCGCGUCUUGCAGUGAUUUUGUCGGUCGCCGUCGUGACGUUCGCGUACACCGCGUUCGCGGGCACGAAUGCGUCUCUGGUGACAGACAAAUUCCAGAGUUUUCUGCUUCCGCUCCUUCUCUCCAUCGUUCUCGUCGCACCCUGUCUGCACUCGCAAGUCUCCGAAGCGACGUGGAAAGAUGCGGCUACUUGGACACCCGAAGGCGCCUUCUCGGGGGUGCUCAUGGUGCUGUCUUGCUGCCCGGCCUACGCCAUGGAUCCAGGCAUGUGGCAGCGCGUCUUGUCAGGGAAGGGGACUCGCGAGGUCCGCUGGGGCCUGCUCGGCGGGUCGCUGCUCGUCCUGCCGACGAUCGCGCUUCUUGGACUCACGGGCAUUCUGGCACGCGCGACCGCUGUGGCGCUGGAGGCUCAGGGAUACACCGUGAAUGAAGACAACCUCGUGUCAGCUCCUUUCUUCUUUCUCGUCCUGCCUUCCCUCUCCCGCGGCCUUGUCGCUGUCGUUUUCAUCCUCGCGGUUAUACUCACUGCGGGAUCCGUCGACACGUUCCAAAGCGCCCUCCCGAGUCUCGUUGCUGUGGAGCUCAAUGCCAAGCGCUUGUCGUUCGGCUGGGGUCUCCUCGUGUCUCUUGUCGCCAACAUCCCUGCCGUCCUCCUGGCUUUCUCCUGGACCGAGAGCUUCAUUCAACUCAUGCUGAUUGGCAACCUCCUCACAGCGGCGAUCUUCCCGCCCAUCUUCCUGGGACUGUGCAAACGCACAACGGCCUUAGGCAGCGUUGUAGGAUCCAUUGCCGGGGCCGUCAGCAUCUUCUUCUCGGGGCUGAUCUUCACUCGUGGGGAUGCCUCCAUGGCCGCGCGGUGGAUUGUCCUUCCUCUUGGGAUGGACGACCCGAGCGCUGUAUACACGUUUCUCAUUGUCCCGGCCACCGCAGCCCUCGUCACGGUCUGUGUCUCUGCUCUUCAACCGAGGAAAGCCCGAGUCUGCCCGCCACCGUGA